AUGACUUCGGAACCGCUGUAUCCCGCUUAUCUACCCACCCGCUCUGACGGGUACAUGGCGCCCGUGCCGGUUCCCCUCUUUGACGGAGAUGAGCCGGGUCUUCGGGCUGAUGCCGCUAAGACGAAUUUGUUCAAGGGCGGGCGCGUCGAGAAUAUCACGCCUCGCGUUGGGACUGAGAUUCGAGGUGUGCAGAUCAGUCAAUUGGAUGAGAAGGGAUUGAAUGAGUUGGCUUUGUUGGCUGCUGAGAGGGGAGUUGUUGUUUUUAGAGACCAAGACUUUAAAGACAUUGGAUUUGAUAGGCAGAAGGAAAUUGUGAGGCAUUAUGGACCACUUCAUCAGCAUCCAACUAUGGGAUACCCAAAGGGUACUGGGCCCGAGUUCCACGUUGUGUACGCUGAUGAGAAGUCGGGAAAUCUAAGGAAGCUCCUUGGUCCACGAACGACAUACGAUCUCUGGCACAUUGACCAAACCUUCACACCCAACGUCCCAUCGACAAGUUUCUUCUGGGUCCUCGAGAUUCCCUCAUCUGGUGGCGGUGACACAGCUUUCACUUCUCUUACAGCAGCAUAUGAAGCCCUCUCACCAGCCUUUCGACAAACACUAUCCAAUCUCAAACUUCACCACACGUCCGCUUCCGAAGGAGAAGUCAAACGUGUAGGUCAGGAACGUGCUUUGGCUGAAGCAAUCAACACGACGCAUCCACUUGUCAUCAAGCAUCCGGUGACAGGCAAACCUUCGCUCUUUGUUAACCCUACCAUCGCGCGACACGUUGAAGGGUUUUUACCUGAGGAGUCGGAUCAUCUGUUGUCGUUUUUGAAGAAUCAUAUUCGCAGUUUGGACUUUAGUUGCAGAGUCAAGUGGGAAACAGGCACGGUUGUGGUCUGGGAUCAGAGAUCAGUGGCACAUUCGGCGGUGCCGGAUUUUCAGGAUAAUGAGCGAAGGCAUAUGGUCAGGAUCAUUCCCUAUGGAUCGAAGCCUGAACCUGCUUUUCAGUAG